UUUGUGUCUUUUUGUGUCCUUCAUGAUAGCAUUAGAGAACGCCAUGUAUCCGACCAUUAGAUCAGGACUGGCGAAGUUUGAUGUCAGUUUACCCGAGGAACUCCAGAACUAUGUCAGCUACUUAUUAAAUGAGUCAGCCAAACUUCACUUCCGCAAGCAAGUACUCCAAUCACCUCGUGCCUUGGAGGAAUUACGUGUAGCAAUGGAUAAAGACGAAUUGAAAGCAUUCCUUACUACUCACAUCAGAGAAGGUGCAUGGCAAGUGGUGCUGCUGUUUACGGAUGAGCUCUCUAUAUCUAAACAACCAUGGUACUGCUGUCGUGUAAUUUAUAACGAGGACGAGGACAAGGAGGUGUCUAAUGAAGUGAUAUACAGUUCAAUUUCAGGCAUAUUGUAUGGGUGGCCAACAGAGUACGACCCUGAUUUGAUAACACUGUGUAAAGCGAUCACCAACAGGGAUUGGAAAGUAACCAGAUUAAUUCUCUCAAGGAGUCGGAUAUCUGAUGAAGGUUUGAAGAACUUGAGUACAGCGCUUCCUCAGAGUGAACUUUACAGCUUGACACUGUAUGGCAAUGGUUUACAAAAUCAAGGAUUAAAACACCUGUGUGAAGCGCUGAUCAUUAGUGACUGCCAUUUAACCAGCUUAAACGUCAGUCACAAUAUGUUAGGAGACGAAGAAAUCAUGCACUUGCGUGACGCGCUAGCCAGCGUUAACUGCAGAUUAACCACCUUAAACGUCAGUCACAAUAGGUUAGGAGACGAAGGAAUCGUGCUCUUGAGUAACGCGCUAACCAGCGUUAACUGCGGAUUAACCACCUUAAACGUCAGUGAGAAUAGGUGGGGAGACGAAGGAAUCGUAUACUUGUGUAACGCACUAACCAGCAUUGACUGUACAUUAACCAGCUUAAACGUCAGUAACAAUUGGUUACGAGACGAAGGAAUCAUGUACUUGUGUAACGCGCUAACCAGCGUUAACUGUACAUUAACCAGCUUAAACGUCAGUAACAAUUGGUUAGGAGACGAAGGAAUCAUGCACUUGUGUAACGCGCUAACAAGCGUUAACUGCAGAUUAACAAGCUUAAACGCCAGUCACAUUCGGUGGGAAGACAACGGAUUUAAACACUUGUGCGAUGCACUUACCAGCAGUAAUUGUGUGUUAACCAAAUUGAAAAUCGGUUUUAUUAGAUUAGGAGAUGGAGGAAUCAAAGAAUUGUCUGAGGUUUUAACCAACGGAUUCUGUACAUUAACAAGUUUAGACAUAAGCAACAAUGAAUUUGGAGAUGAAGGAAUCAAGCACCUGUGUAAGGCCUUGACUGAUACCAACUGCAAACUACGGAGCUUAGACUACCACGGAAAUCGGAAUGUAACUGAUAAAGGCAGAAAAUAUUUGUCUCAAAUGUUAACUGGUACUGAUUGGGAAGUUAGAGGAGCACAACUUUCCCGUUCAACUACAAAGUAGACCAAGUAACAAGUCAGAGUCACAGAGACCUGACAGGUUCCUCCUGUUACGUUUCGCUUGUCAUGAAAUAAAUUCCAUUUUUAUAAAUGACAA